AUGAUAAGCCGAAAUACCAAAAAUGUGCUUGUGGUGUCUUUUGGAUUUUUGUUCUUGUUUACAGCAUAUGGAGGACUGCAGAGUCUACAGAGCAGUCUAAACGCUGAGGAAGGAAUGGGCGUGAUCUCACUGAGCGUCAUCUACGGAACCAUCAUCCUGUCCUCCAUGUUUCUGCCUCCCAUCAUGAUCAAAAACCUGGGCUGUAAAUGGACCAUCUUCAUAUGCAUGGCCUGCUACAUCAGCUAUUCUUUUGGAAAUCUCUUCCCUGGAUGGCCGAGUCUGAUCGCUACAUCUGCUAUUCUGGGUUUGGGAGGCUCUCCACUUUGGUCUGCGAAAUGCACGUACCUCACCAUCAGUGGGAAUACACAGGCGGAGAAAGAAAACAAGAAAGGCCAGGAUAUCAUAAAUCAAUACUUCGGCAUGUUCUUUCUCAUCUUCCAGUCAUCUGCUGUAUGGGGAAACCUCAUGUCGUCACUUAUAUUUCAACAAGACACUAACAUAACUAAAGUCCCUGAGGAGAACCUGCAGUUCUGUGGUGCUGCUCUGUGCGCCGAGAACUUCACCACCACAGGGAGCGUCAGUCGUCCGAAGCAACAUCUUGUCAACAUAUUGAUGGGCUGCUAUAUUGGUGUGGGGGUUCUGGCCAUGGCCCUUGUGGCGAUUUUCCUGGACAACAUUGACGGAAAUGAAGCAAAGGAAUUUCGGAAGACCAAAGGCAACCAAGCAUUCUGUAGUACCUUCCUGGCCACGUUCAGGCUUUUACGAGAUAAGAGGCUGAUAAUGCUCAUUCCUUUGACGAUGUACAGUGGAUUCGAGCAAAGCUUCCUCGCCGGUGAAUACACCAAGAAUUAUGUGACCUGUGCAUUGGGAAUCCAUUAUGUUGGAUUUGUGAUGAUCUGCUUCGGUGCUGUGAAUUCGCUGAGCUCUUACACAUUCGGGAAGCUUUCACAGUACACCGGGAGGAUUGCCCUGUUUUGCUUUGCUGCUUUGAUAAACCUGAGCUCUGUGAUAGCUCUGCUGUACUGGAGGCCUCAUCCGAACCAGCUGCCCGUUUUCUUCGUGUUUCCUGCUCUCUGGGGCAUGGCAGAUGCUGUGUGGCAAACACAAACCAACGCACUGUACGGCACUCUGUUCCCCAAGGACAAGGAGGCAGCGUUCGCUAAUUAUCGCAUGUGGGAGUCUUUGGGCUUCGUGAUAGCCUUUGCAUACAGCACAUACAUCUGUCUGUCCACCAAACUCUACAUCCUCAUUGCAGUCCUUUUACUGACCAUGGUGACAUACAUAUGGGUGGAGUACAAUGAGUACAAGCAUCCUACUACAGCAGUGAAACACGACAAGAAUGAGACGGACGAGAUGUACAUUAACGAAAAGGAGAAAAUCAAGAAGAUUAUUAGUCAGACUAGAUUAUAG